CGUGGAAAAUGUAACUCCAUCCUUUUUUUUUCGCUUUUUUUUACUUCUUCCUCUUUAUUUUUAAAUAUACUUUAAAUAAUGUCUCCUUCAGCCAGCAGCGGUGUGGGUAUUGCACAUCUUCCUAACCAACGUCACAAGAUCGUCUCUAAGCGUGGUGCUAACUUCACCUUAAUGGUUUGUGGUGAAUCUGGCGUAGGAAAAACCACAUUUGUUAAUACCUUGUUCACCACUGGUAUUAAGAAUGAUAAGAAUUUGGCAAAGCGUCAUGCUAAGCAAAUUGAAAAGACUGUUGAAAUCGAAAUCACUAAAGCAGAACUCGAGGAAAAGAACUUUAAAGUAAAGUUAACUAUCAUUGAUACCCCCGGUUUUGGCGAUUAUGUCAACAAUCAUAACAGUUGGAUGCCUAUCUAUGAGUUCCUUGAUGAUCAACAUGAGAGUUUCAUGGCCCAAGAACAACAACCUACUCGUAAGGGUGCUAUUGAUCUUAGAGUCCAUGCUUGUCUCUAUUUCAUUAGACCUUCUGGUCACAGCCUCAAGGCUCUUGAUAUCGAAGUAAUGAAGCAUCUCGGCUCAAGAGUCAAUUUGAUCCCCGUUAUUGCUAAAGCAGAUACCCUUACACCCAAGGAUUUAGCUCAAUAUAAAAUUAACAUUUUGGAUUCCAUUGCCAGAAACCACAUUCAGGUUUAUUCUUGUCCCAUCGACAGCGAAGAUGAAGAGAUUACCGAGUCCAAUAAAAGCAUCAUGGCAUCUUUGCCUUUUGCCAUCAUCGGAUCAACCCAAGAUGUCACUACAGCCGAUGGCCGCACAGUUAAAGGCAGAGAAUACUCGUGGGGUGUAGCCGAAGUUGAAAAUGAGGAUCAUUGUGACUUUAAAAAAUUAAGAAAGCUUUUGGUUAGGUCACACAUGCACGACUUAAUUUCAACAACAGAGGAGAACCAUUAUGAAAAUUAUCGUCAAACACAAAUGGGUACUCGUAAGUUUGGUGAGCCAAAAUUCCAAAAAUACGAAAACCCCAAGUUUAAGGAUGACGAAGAUGAACUUCGUUUGAACUUCACUAAGCAAGUUAAGGACGAAGAAAACAGAUUCCGUCAAUGGGAAGCUCAGUUGGUUUCUGAACGUGAUCGUCUUAACAAAGAUCUUGAAGAACAACAUGCUCAAAUCAAGGCAAUGGAAACCGAACUUGAACAUAUGUACCAGGUGCAUGGCCGUGGUACUAUCAGAAGAUAGAGCAUUGUUUGCAAUAGACGAACCCUAUUAUCUCUUUUAUUUUUCUUUAUAAAACAUUAUUUACUAAUUCCUAUUUGAACUUAAAA